AUGCAGCAACCCUUGCUGCAACAGCAGGUGCAGCAGCAUUUGAUGCAGCAAAGAGAGCAGGAGCAAAUGUUGGCGGUGCAAGAGCCGAAGCAGGUAGUGCGCGGUGAUAACGAGCAGCAGGCGAUGCAAGGAGAGGAGCAGCAGGGGCCGCAGCAGGAGGAGCGCGAACGGCAGGGUGAGCGGCGUAAGCGGAAGCGGAAACAGCAAGAGGAACCGGAGCCAUCGGAGGAAGAGCAACAGCAGCAGUUGCAGCCUGUCGAUCCGCUCGCGGGGCAGUCAAUGGAGAUUCCUGGAUUGCCACCGGGUGCUUCUGACGCAUCCCGCCUUUUACAGGCUUCGAGGGAUGAAGAUGCUGCAGCUUCUGCAGCAGGAGCUGCAACAGCAAGCGCAGCCUUUUACAGGCUUCGAGGGAUGAAGAUGCUGCAGCUUCUGCAGCAGGAGCUGCAACAGCAAGCGCAGCAACAGCCUUGCCAAGUACAAGUCCAGCAGCACCUGCUAGAGGUGCAGGAGCAGCUGGUGGAAGAGGAGCAGCAGCUGGUAGAAGGGCAGCAGCAGCUGCUGGAGCUGUUGUAG